GGCAGACCACGUGACAGCAAAAAGCGUUUAAAAAGACACCAACCAAGCCUUUGACCUUUGUCUUACCAGUCCACCAAAGCAACAUGAAAGUCCUGUUCAUUUUCUCCGCUGUUCUUCUGGCCACAGCCCAGGCCAACGUCUUCACCGACAUCGGGCACUCCCUGGCCAACGUCUUCCAGACCCUUGGUCAUAGCCUCCUGCACCAAUUGGACACAACUGGAGUUGACCUUCUGAACGCUGGACUUAACGCUGGAAAGACCCUUGUUUCCCAAGGCGUCCAAGCUUUAGCUCUGAACACUGCCAAUGCUCUUGCUAAUAAGGAUGGCUCUUCCACCAGAGACCUCCAGCUCCCCGCCAUGCUCCAGAACGUGGAGUCCUCCCUCCACAACGUUGUGGACACUCUGAUGGGUGAGAUGAAGAACGUGUUCGGCUUCCUGGUCAAGGGUCUGCAGGGCGUCAUGGACAAGCUGUCCAACCUGGCGAUCACCCCAGAGGAGGUCAUCAGUGAAGUCGACAAGCUUGUCAGCACCCACAAUUUCGUUGCUGAUUCCUUCCUGAAGACCAUCAAGGACAAGGCUGAGGAGGUCAUCUCCAGCCUCAUCAAGAGCAAGAGGAACGCCUUCACAGACUUCUUCUCAGGAAUUGGACAGAGCAUUUCAACCACCUUCAAGCCAAUGGUUGAUGGUGUCAAGACCCUCGCCACCUCAGCUGGAAAUGCUAUUAAGACCAGUGCCACCAACCUCCUCCAAGCUGCCAAGGACUCAGUCUCCCAGCUCGGACAGAAGCUCCAGCCCCACCUCCAGGCUCUUGGAUCUCAGCUGGGAACCGUGGUCAUGCACGGCGCUAACGCCCUGAGCGCCAUGAAGGCAGCAGGAAGUGACAUCAUGCAGCAAACCCUCACCAACAUGAAGGAUCCCCUUAACCAGAUGGCCAACACCGUCGCCAACGCCGGACAGACCGUCGUCGGACACGUUGCUGGAGCUCUUAUGGGCACCAACACUGACGCACCUGCCACCACAAACUAGUUCCAGAAUAAAUAAUUUUCUAAAAUAGA